AUGUUGAACGACCAACAAAUGCCUCCACCACCUGGGACGAAAGAUCAACAUCAACUUUUGUUUAGCAAUCAAUUGCGCCGAGUACGGCAAGGGAACACCAUUGCCACCCUGCCUAGCACCGGCAGAAACGACGAGGUGAGCACUAGGCCAUUCAUCCUGGUGAGAUCGACUCUCAACCCGCAGGUUUGGGUCUAUUAUGGGCGGCAAUUCGGCAUAUGGCAAUCCGUUUGGGUCUGUUUCCUCAGAGUCAUGUACAUGUACAAGUAUGACCCGUUGUGGGAGACUUGGUCGCGGCUGCUGCCGGGAUUACCCCGUUGGUUAAACAAUUGA